AUGUCGGUACGCAAAUAUCGAAUCGUUACGUCGGCGACGAGCACCAGCACGAGUGGCGUUCCGUUCGGGAGUGUUGCGGGUCCGAGUGCCGCCGGAAGUCUCACGUCCACAAUCGCUACCCUGGCCGGUGGUGGCGCCAGCCUGACCGGACAUCACCAUCACCACCAUCACCACCAUCAUACACCGCCGCCGCAGCAGCAACAAUUGCAACCGACAGCCCCAUCUCGACACCCGCGCCACCAACCGCAACUCUCCAACACGCAUCAUUACCAUCAUCACCACCAUCAUCACCACCAUCAGCAGCAGCAACAGCAGCAACAACAAUUGCUCCAGCAAACGCAGUCAACGCAACACUCGUACCCCCCUCAGCAGCAGCUGCUUCAGACGGCCGUACCGACAACUUUGGCGACCCGGGAAACCGGGGCAGUCCAGCGGCAUCUGGCUGCGACCCCGACCCCAGCGCCGACGAUCGUCGAUCCGCUUCCCCUGUGUCUGGACGCCAACGGAACCUACCUCUGCACUUCCUACAAUCCACGGUGCUAUAUCAUUCAAAAGCUCACUCCGGCACCGGUCAGCUGCAUUACGACGUACGAAGUGGCACCAAUUUCGGCACAACUCGCCGGCUCAGCAGCUGUUCAGCCGGGGCUCAGCUAUGAGGAGUUUCUCGGUUACGGCAAAACGGCCACCGGAUCCACCAUUCCACUGGUCGCGAGUGGAGUCGUGGAGCUUGGGGGGCCACUUGUCAACGUUGGCCAGCUGCAACCGUACACCGAUGCCGGUUCGUCGACGAUCGGAACCAAUAGUUUAAUAACUCUGGCCAAUACCCUUACCGUGGCACUACCCAGCGGUGAUGGGGAUGUUUGCGCUCGAAGUGCCAACAUUGUGAAGGAUAUCAAUCAAGGCAAUAUUAUUGGACCAUGCCGCAACGUAGGGGUGAGUAGUGGUUCCACUAGUAGCACCGCUACCGUUGCCACAUCCGGUGCCAGAAACGAUUUGUUAAGUGUGAUUGAAGCCAUCGGUGCCGGGAUAAGCCUAGAACCUAGUGAAAGUGCAAGUUUGAGCUCCACCAUCGUCCCCGUGCAACCGGCACCGGCAGUCUAUCGAUUGACCAGCGGUCAGAGCCUGUCGAAAUUGCAGCCCGCGGGUCUUACGUCGCUCGUGGCGAAUGGAAUUCCGGGAGAUUACCUUUCGAGUUUUCUCACUUCCGCUUCUUUUCCGUCUCCCGCAGGGUACGUGUUGAUGAAUGGUGGAGAUACAGGAAAAUUGUCGACCAGCACGGCGGCAGCGGCAGCGGCGGCAGCAGCGAGCACAAUCAUUACCAGUGGCAUGUCCGGUCUAACGAUCGUGGCACAGCCCCCACCACCAGGUGUCGCUGUGACCGCUGGUGGUGGUGGCGGCGUACUGCACAGCACUCUGGUCACGACGGCGGCAGGAACCAACCUCCCAUCGACGGCCCCAGCGGCCGCCCCGAUGGACUAUGUCGUUCUGAAUGGCGGUGGCGGUGGCGGCGGCGAGUCGCCUUUAUCGAUAACGCCGGAAGGAGGAUACUACGCCGAUGCCGGCGGGGCCACCGUUAUGACACCCGUUACCAAUACUGCUGCUCCCGUCGCCGGAAGCAACAACACUAGCAAUAGUAGGAGCAACAAUAGUCCUGCCCUCGUUAUUAGCAGCGCCAGCGCCAGCGCCGCCGCCGCCAGUAGUCAUCCGAUUUCUUCGCAGCCGGACGGAAUCGCCACCGUCGUCGCCACCGCCAUCGAUACCGGCAAGGCGACGGCCACCAUCAUCAGUGAUAACAGUGCCGCUGCCGGCCACAGUAGCAGCAGCAGCGGCAGCAGCACUACUACCGAACACAACGGGAUGCCUUUAGAGCAGCUGAAGCAGCUGCUGCAAACACAGCUUGAUUACUAUUUUUCGCGAGAAAAUCUCGCGAACGACACAUAUCUUUUGACGCAAAUGGACAACGAUCAGUACGUGCCAAUCUGGACCGUGGCGAACUUCAACCAGGUGAAGAAGCUCACGAAGGACAUCAAGCUGAUCACGGAGGUGUUGCGCGAGUCACCGAACGUGCAGGUCGACGAGGAGGGCCUAAAAGUGCGCCCGAACCACAAGCGGUGCAUCGUGAUAUUGCGCGAAAUCCCGGACAACACGCCGGUCGAGGAGGUGAAGAACUUAUUUCAGGGGGAAAACUGUCCGCGCUUCAUUUCAUGUGAAUUUGCCCACAACAACUCCUGGUACAUUACGUUCGAGUCGGACGAGGACGCACAGCGCGCCUUCCGGUAUCUGCGCGAGGAGGUUAAAGAAUUUCAGGGAAAACAAAUCAUGGCGCGAAUAAAGGCUAAACCGAUGAAUCGGCUUCCGAUCACGCCGGUCGGUGGUGUACCGAUGAAGAGCGGCUUGAACGGCUUCCGGACUACACCGCCACCGGGUUCGGCGGCCGCUGCAGCAGCCGCGGCGGCGGCUGCGGCUGCCGGAGUAGUGGCACCGUCGGCUGCCUCGACCGCGGCCACCGUCACGGCCUACGAUCAGUCGGGAGCAGCAGCUGCGGCGGCCGCGGCACUCACCGCUUACCCGGGUGGCCAACGCUACAUUCUGCAGCACAACGCUCCGCUUCCGCAGGGUACGGUCCCAAGCUUCAACGGACCGGUUCACAUGUUUCCAUUCCAGCAGCAGCCACUGUACUCCGGGUUUGUGCCUUCAUGGCCGCCGGGUCAGGGCGGCUUCUUCGAGAUGACUCCGUACAUGACGCCGAACGGGAUUCCGGCGCAGGUGGCGGCCUACCAGCAGCAGCAGCAGCAGCAGCAGCAGAGUGGUGCUUCGGGCGGCGCCGGUGGCAAACAGCAGAAUGGUCGGUACGGCGGAGGCGUCCCAGGUGGAGGCGGUGGUGGCCAUCGACAAAAUCCUCGCAACAAACGCCAAUCGCAGCAGCAGCAGCUGGGUGGUGGCGUUCCCAACAACGAUAGUCAAUCGAUUGCAACGAACAGUGUCGGCGGCGGUGGUGGCCAUCGGUUGUCGGCCAAUCAGACCAACUACCAGACGGUGGCGGUGGCCGGCGUACAGUCGCAGCAACCGUCCUCCUCGUCGUACCAAUCGGGCGCUUCCAAGGGUGCCGCCGGGUUGCUCGGGGCCGGCGGUGGCAAGCUGACGGCGACGACGACGACCACCACGUACUUUAAGGAUGCGUCCGGGACGCCGAUAGGAACGGUGUUCGUGCCUCAGUACGCUCACUACGUUCCGGCGCCCCCCCACUACGGUGUGCAGUCCGGUGGGGACGGUACAGGCGGCGGCACGGUAGAGGUGCUGGUCCGAACGGCCGAUCCGCAGCAGCAACAACAGUAUCACGAGGAAAACGUUGCUGCCGCCGGUACGGUCCUCGUGAUGCCGUCCUACGUUACGACGACGACGGCCACUGUGGGGGGUCGAAAAAACAGCAGCAACCAGGUCAACGUGGCCACGCUGCAGCUCGAUGGCUCUCAGCAGCAGCAGCAGCAGUCGUGGAUCGCGACGAAUCCGCCCCGAAGGACGACGCGCCGACGGAAGGACGAGAUGCAAAUGACGAUGGAUGGCAGUUUGGUAGGAACGGCGUCGGCGGCGCCCUCGGCGGUGAUGUACGGUGGCGGUGGUCAAAUGCGCCACGCUGCUGGAGGCUCUACAACGAGCUACAACGCCGCCGCCGCCGCCAGCGGUGGCAGUGUAAAUAGCGGAAGCAAUGCAAACGGUGCGAAUGCCAAUAACAAUAGUAAUAAUAGCGCUAAGAUCAACAUGCAUACUACUAGUCUCGCCCAGUUGGCCGCCUCCUCCGGGCCACAGUCCUCCCAGUCUUCGGCUGCCGCGUCAGGCGCUGGCACUAAAUAUCAGGGUCGUGGCGGAGGAGGUGCCCGUGGCGGCGGUGCUGAUGCGGCGGCCUCCUCUGGCAACGGUUACGGUGGCGGAGCGCUGGUGCUGACCACGGGCGGUGAUGGACAUGCAGGCGGCGGAUACGCACAGCAUUCACACAGUCAACAGCACCACCAUCGGAAUUCGGCGGCCCCAGAAUCGGCACCAUCUUACCCACACGCUGCAGGAGGAGGUGGCCAUAAGAUGCAGGAAAUGGUGCCACAAGCGCCGCACCAUCAUCACCACAGUCAGCCACAGCAGCAGCAACAGCAGCAGCAGUACCAUCAACACUCGACGGCGAUGUCCCAGCAACACCAUCACAGCAAUGCCCAUCACCAACAGCAGCAGCAGCAGCAGGCAACCCAGCCAACGCACCAUCAUCAUCAAUCGUCUACCAGUCAUCAUCAUCAUCAGCAGCAACAAUCUUCUUCGCAGCAGCAGCAGCAACCGCAGCAGCAGCAACACCCACCAACGACGGCAUCGGCCGGAAGUGUCGCUACCAACGCGGCCACCGUCAGCAGCAGCACCAACAACCCGAGUAGUAGCACCGGCAACAGCAGCAGCAGUACCAGCAGUACCAGUGUUCAGUUCGAUCUCGAACCAGCGGCAUUUCCGCCCCUGCCCGGUCACGACGGGAGGAGCAUCCUGUCCGGCGGGACCACCGGAAGCGGUGGCCCCAGCGCCACCGGCGGCAGCGCCGGUCGAGGAGGUGGUGCGAAGGGCGGCAAUCAAUACGUUGGCUCUGGGUUCACUUCCGCUUCCGGUGCCCACUCGGCCGCCAUGGAUUCCUCCACUACAGCAGCGGCGGAUAGUUCCGCCACGACCGGAUCCGUUGCGUCUUCCUCCUCCGGUGCCGGCAGCGCCACCACCACCUCCAGCACCAUUGGGGGGCCGGUUUGGGGAGAAACCCAUCGCCUUGCGGACGUCGUGAAGGGAACGGCCAAAGCCGUCCCAUCGCGUCCUCCGCCUCCGUUGCUGGGGUCAUCCACCGUCGCUGCCAUCGUUGCCGGUACGGCAGCCGUGCCUUCUUCCUCAGCAGCAGCCCCCGCUACGGGUGAAUCGCAAAGUCAAAAGAGUACACCAGCCGGCGGAAACGAUGCCAAAACGCAAGAACUCGGUGCCGCCGCCGCUCCCGGCACUGGCAGCAACAAUCAACAGCAGCAACAGCAGCAGCAGCAUAACAACCCUCCUGUGAUAAAAGGCACGAAUGCCGCAACGACGAAUGGCGGCGCAGGUGGCGGUGGUAGUAUGACUACCGGGACCGGGGCCACUCCGUCGGUAGUCACAAGCUCCGGCGGCGGCGGCGGCAUCGCAACGACAACUGCUAAUAAAUCCACAAAGACUGACGAAUCGUUGCUGCAGAUGGCCCCGCCACCGCAGCCAGCGGCUGCGGCCAGCAGUGACUCGCAACCGCCACCACCGGUGGCCGUUCGCAACGUAUCGGUGGCCACCACCACCGGCGCCGCGCUCGCUGCUCCCACGAUGGCCAAUGCUGCUACGAUGACCUCGACUGAUUUCGCUUCCUCGACCUCGACCUCGAAGCAGCAACAACCCGCUUCGACCGCGAAGCCGGUGGCCACUGCUGCGACGGCACCGAAGGCACCAGCUAGUAGUACUAGUAAUUUGGCCACCAAAUCUCCGGUCACUCCGGCGGUGACGGCGGCUACCACCGCCGCCACUGCUGCCGGUUCAUCCUCUUCCUCCUCAGCAGCAACGACGCAACCACCGCCAACAUUUUCACUGCAAAACCAUCCGCCGCUGGUGCCACUCGAUACAAGCCACCACUCGGCGGUGCCUUCGGUAGGGAGCGCCACCCCAGCGCCACCACAACGGCUGAGCUACGCUCAGGUUGCCCAACAUUUGGCCGAUCAACAGUCGCAGCAGCAGCACCAUCCUCAUCCUCAUCAUCAUGUGGUCGAUAGUAACAAAGGUCCGGCUGUCAGUACGGCGGCGGCCAGCACCGCACCGGAGAAAGAAAACACCACUGCCGCCACCGCCGCCACAUCGUUGCCAACAGCCAGUUCGACGGAAACACACGAGGUAGCGCCGGCUACCGGAACCGGCGGCAGCUCGACCGGUUCGGGUGGCUUCAUCGGGGUCACGAGCAAAAGGAAAGACGUGACUCAGUCCGCCGGUGGUCCGCGGAUGGCGGCAGGGCACCAUCAUGGCGAUGGUUAUCAACGAGGAGGAGAUACACGCUGCAAUCAACCUGGUGCCGGUGGAAACACCACCAACACACGAAACGCCAAAGAUUAUCGUCCGUUUUCCGGCUCGGCAAGCGGUGGCCAUAAUGCCGGUGGCCAGCACCAGCAGCAUUCCACCGGUGGUGGUGGCGGCGGCGGCGGCAGUAGUCUUCGAACGUCGGAACAGAACCACGCGUUCCAUCACCGAGGGGGGGCCGGUGGCGGCGGUGGCACUGCCGUGGGUAGCAACCACCACCACCAUCCGCAGCACCACCACCAGACGAAAUCGAUGUCGGGGGCCGGUGUUUCGGUGGGGCCACGGUCGACCCGACCCCAUCAGCUCAAGGACUACGUUACCCAGGCGCCGCCGCACCACUCGCAGCAGCAGCAGCACCCUCACCAUCAUCCCCAGCAGCAGCAGCACCAUCAGGGACCGGCGCAGCACCCGCGAAGCCCCAAAUGA